UCUCGAUAGUGCCCUCUUUGGUUUGACACCUCUAUUUGUUCGUCUUGCAUUGUGUUCGUUCGUUUCGUGUUUUUUUUUUUAAAAUGGCUGAUACAAAGGGCUUUUCCAGCAUUGAGACGCCCGGCUAUGUGGGGUUCGCAAAUCUGCCCAACCAAGUGCACCGCAAAUCGGUGAAAAAAGGCUUCGAGUUCACCCUGAUGGUGGUGGGUGAGUCUGGAUUGGGCAAGUCUACACUGGUCAACAGUUUAUUUCUCACGGACCUAUACCCGGAACGCAUCAUACCCGAUGCCAUAGAGAAACAAAAGCAAACAGUCAAGUUGGAGGCCUCGACGGUGGAGAUCGAGGAGCGUGGGGUCAAGCUGCGCCUCACCGUCGUCGACACACCCGGCUUUGGUGACGCCAUCGACAAUUCCAACAGCUUCGGUGCUAUACUCGAGUACAUCGAUGAGCAGUACGAGCGCUUCCUGCGUGAUGAAAGCGGCCUUAAUCGUCGCAACAUUGUGGACAAUCGCAUACACUGCUGCUUCUACUUUAUUUCGCCCUUUGGGCAUGGCCUGAAACCAUUGGACGUGGAGUUCAUGAAGAAACUCCACUCCAAGGUGAACAUUGUGCCCGUUAUAGCCAAAGCUGACUGCCUCACCAAAAAAGAGAUCUUGCGCCUUAAGUGCCGCAUUAUGCAAGAGAUCGAGAGCCACGGCAUUAAGAUUUAUCCACUGCCAGACUGUGAUUCCGACGAGGACGAAGACUAUAAGGAACAAGUGAAGCAACUGAAGGAAGCUGUGCCUUUCGCUGUCUGCGGCGCCAAUACAUUACUCGAGGUCAAGGGUAAAAAGGUGCGCGGCCGCCUCUAUCCCUGGGGCGUGGUCGAGGUAGAAAAUCCCGAGCACUGUGAUUUCAUAAAGCUGCGCACUAUGCUGAUCACCCACAUGCAGGAUCUGCAGGAGGUGACGCAAGAGGUGCACUACGAAAACUAUCGCUCCGAUCGCCUGGCCAAAGGCAUCAAGUGUAAGGAGAAUGGCGUAAAGCAGGAACGUGAAAACAACGUGAACGCCCAGGCUGUGGCCAACAGUGCGCUCUCGGAGAAGGAUCGCAUACUGCAAGAGAAGGAGGCCGAGCUUGCACGUAUGACAGAGAUGCUGGCUCAGAUGCAAGCCCGCAUGCAAGCCCAGCAUUAAAGCGUAUCCAAUCAAUCGAUACAUACACCUACAUAUAUAUAUGUGUAUAUUUAUAUAUAUCUAUAUAUAUAUAUAAAUAUACAAUAUACAUAUAAAAAUCAAGAAGCGAAAAGCACUAAAUUGUGCAAUCGAUAGUUAUACACAAAAAACAUAUACAUAUAUAUAUUUUGUACGCAGAUUUUUAAGUUACGGUCGCGCUUGACUAUAUUCUCACUGUAAAACGAAUGGCGCUAAAGUAUUUUGUAUUAAUUUUGCAUUCACCAUAUUUGUAUACAUACGUUUAUGUACAUGCAUAUGAAUAUGAAUAUCAAUAUAUAGAACAUAGAUAUAAAUACUUACAUACACACACCCGCACAUCUACUACUAUGCAUGGCGAAACGUCUACAAUGUAAUUGUUCCCCAAAAUUCUCAUCAAAUUUCGUCAAAAACAAACGCGAACACACUUCAUAUCACACACUCCUAAAAUCGAACAUGAAUAACAACUGUAUUCCUACUAUGUAUUUAGACAUGACUUGUCGAUAUUAACCAUGGAUUAUUGCACUUUGUAUUUGCAUUUAGAUUAAGUUAUAGUAUCGACCCCAUCGCCUGAUUCAUCCGAUCUAUUGUGUUACUCGACUUUUUUUUGUCUGUUUAUCGUCUUUAUAGUCUCCAACACACUCGGCAGUAGCUGCCGCUGGCACCCAGCCAGCUGCCAGCUCCUCUGCUCUUCCGUUAUAAGCGUUUUAUUUAGGUUAUAGGUUUGCACGCCGUGCUGUCGUCCUUUGAUUUGCCAUAGAGCUAUGGGCCCAGUCCCCUGCCCCCUGCAUCCUAUGCACAAUCUUACUGCUCAAAACUUGAUCUUUGAAGUACUUAAAGCUCUUUGAAGUGAUCCCUUCCUAGGUGGCAUGGACCGCCCAUAGAUCUGCGCCAACUCAGAGGACGAGACAAGGGCAGUCACGGCCACGUGCACUCUCGAAAGUAAAAACCAAAAUGUGAAAUCUCUUUUUUUAUAAUGUAUAUGAACUAUUUUAUCCAAACUUAAUUCGCUAUGACUAAAUAUUCUGCAAGGUGCGUUCCACACUAAACGGAACAUCUUGAAAAUAAAAGCAACAAAAUUGUAUUUUAUUGCAUAA